AUGCACUUUACAAGCAAGUCCCUUCUGCUCGCCCUGGGCACUCAGAUCUUGGCUGUGAACGCCGCUCCAGUCUCGAGUGCCUCUUCUUCCGAGGUCAGUCAGCCAACGCCUCCCGCCGGGGUUGCUCAGUAUGGCAACUAUGGAGACUAUGGCAAGUACGGCAACUACGCUUCCUACGGCUCCUACAAGAGAGAUGACGUCCCCGAGGGUGAGGGUGACGAUGCUGAGCCUUCCAGCACGACUUCGGCCACUGAAACCCCUACCCCUACUCCUAUCAACUAUGGCAACUACGGCAACUACGGCCAGUAUGGCUCCUAUGGAGCGUACAAGUUCGAGAAGAGAGAUGACAGCAGCUCCACGUCUACCUCUUCUACUACUGAGACGCCCACUGAGACGCCCAUCAGCUACGGCAACUAUGGCGACUACGGGAACUACGGUGGCUACGGCUCUUACGGCUCGUACAAGAGGGACGAGGUCCCCGAAGCUGACGAGAGCAAGACCACUACCGCAUCUUCGACCCCUACCGCUACGCCUGUGGACUAUGGCAGCUACGGUAACUACGGCCAGUAUGGCUCCUACGGAAGCUACUCAGAAGCUGCUGUCGCUCAAGAAUAA